GUGGCAAAAAUAUUUUAGCGACACUAAAAUAUCUGGAUCAUUGUCAUCUGACAUUAAUGAAAAAUUUAUAGAAGAACGUGCAUCGCUUGAACUAUCUAUUCGUGACUUUGAAGAGGGUAUUCACACAGGUUUUCAGCUCGCAACUAAAACAGGACCUCUUUGUGCUGAGCCAUUAAUGGGUGUGGCAUAUUUCUUAGAAGAUUUUACAAUAUCCAUAGAUUAUGAAAAUGUAGACAUAUCUGAGAUCCGACAGAAAUUAGGUGGAUAUGUUAUAACAACAAUGAGAGAUGCCUGCCUCCAAGGAUUUCUUGAAUUGUCUCCCAGAUUGAUGCUUGCCAUGUACUCUUGUGAUAUUCAAGCAACAACCGAAGCUUUAGGCCGUGUAUAUGCGGUUAUAUCUAGACGUAGAGGUCGUAUUAUAUCAGACGAACUAAAAGAAGGAACUCCAUUUUUCCAAAUUUGUGCAUUGCUUCCAGUUGUUGAAAGUUUUGGAUUUGCUGAUGAAAUCAGAAAACGAACUUCUGGUGCAGCUGUUCCGCAGCUUAUUUUCAGCGGGUUUGAAAUGUUAAAUGAAGACCCUUUUUGGGUACCAACAACCGAGGAAGAGCUUGAGGAUUUAGGAGAAAAAUCCGAUAGAGAGAAUCUUGCAAAGAAAUAUAUGGAGAACGUAAGGAAACGAAAGGGAAUGUCCACGGACAAGAAAAUUGUUGAACAUGCAGAAAAACAACGCACACUUAAGAAGAA